UUCAACGCCAACAUGGCCGCGCCCAGGGCGGCGCGGGGCUCUGUGGCUGCGGCGCUGCUGCUGCUGGGCCUGGCGCUGUGCGUGGCGGCGAGCGAGGCCGGCGGGGCCUGUGGCUGCAGCGCGGACCGGGCGGCGACGGCGACGGCAGCAGCAGCGGCAGUGCGGCGCUACUCCCCGGAGGCCAACGCGCAGCGCCCCGGGCGCGGCCAGAUGGUCCCUAUUCCAGCUGGAGUGUUCAUGAUGGGGACUGAUGAACCUGAGAUACGGCAGGACGGGGAGUGGCCUGCUAGAAGAGUUCGUGUUAACCUGUUCUACAUGGAUCAGUAUGAAGUCAGCAACGCAGAGUUUGAGAAAUUUGUGAAUUCCACGGGCUAUGUUACAGAGGCAGAGAAAUUUGGAGAUUCCUUUGUGUUUGAGGGCAUGCUGAGUGAACAAGUGAAAGCUGAAAUCCAACAAGCAGUUGCAGCUGCUCCCUGGUGGAUGCCUGUUAAAGGAGCUAAUUGGAGGCACCCAGAAGGUCCUGAUUCUAAUAUCUCAAACAGAAUGGAUCACCCAGUUCUUCACGUCUCCUGGAACGAUGCAGUAGCCUACUGCACGUGGGCAGGAAAACGAUUACCCACUGAGGCCGAAUGGGAGUAUAGCUGCCGAGGGGGGCUUGAAAAUAGACUUUUCCCAUGGGGCAACAAGCUUCAGCCGAAAGGUCAGCAUUAUGCCAAUAUCUGGCAGGGGGAAUUCCCAACAAAUAAUACUGGAGAGGAUGGAUACAAAGGAAGUGCACCUGUUACUGCAUUUCCUCCAAACCAUUAUGGCUUGUAUAACAUAGUGGGGAAUGCCUGGGAAUGGACAUCUGACUGGUGGGCUGUUCAUCAUUCCCCACAGGAAACCCACAACCCGAAGGGACCCUCCUCGGGGACCGACAGAGUGAAGAAAGGUGGAUCCUAUAUGUGCCAUAAGUCCUAUUGCUACAGGUAUCGCUGCGCAGCUCGCAGCCAGAACACUCCAGACAGCUCAGCUUCAAACCUGGGAUUUCGUUGUGCAGCAGAUACCCUGCCAGAUAAUUUGCAAUGACCGAAUUUGGAACCAUUCAGCUCUGUGGCUACAAAAUGUCCCUCCACCAAGAGGACUUCGAUGCAGUUCCAGUCUGCUGAGAAGGCUCUUUGGUAAUCGGUGACCACCAGGACUGGAGAAGAAAUUGGGGUGUGAGAAAAGAAAAUUAUUGGAAGAACCACUUUCCAGAAUGAGUCAAAGCCAGUGGGAGAGAUUCAUUCCAUUUAUCUCUGGGGAAGUUGGGGUUGCAUUUUCCUCUAAGUCAUGUUAAUUAAAGUAGGGAGAAAAUGCUCUUGAUUGAAGUGGGACUGUUGCAGACUUACACCAGCAUAAAACUGAACAGAACUUUGCUCAGUGCUUUUUACGAAGGCUAAUUUUGUUUCGGAUACUAUUUUAAAUACUUUCUAUAGACAAGAUCUUUAAUACUGAAUAAAUUGGUUGGUGGACUUUCUUAAAUUAUCUAAUUCUUUUUGACAAGGCCCUAAAAUUAGAGGUUAGCAUAUUCUGGGUAAAAGAAAAGCUAGAAUUUAGCCUGUAUAUGGCAUCUCAAGUAAAACGGGAAACACUGUCAAUUAUAUCCAGUGACAAAAGACGGAGCAGUUCUAUAGAGCCAUUCUAUAGCUUGCCCUAUUUUGGCAAUAUGUUGGGGGUUUUUUGUAGAUUUUAAGCCGUUUAAAUAUCCAGUAUAAAAUGCAACUUUGCCUGUUGUGUCUGAACAGCCUUUCUAGAAAAGGCCUUUCUAGAUGUUGAUUGUUUCUAGACUACAGGCUGAUAAUGUAUUAUGUGCACAUGGAAAAAGGAUUGAACCUUUAUUUGCUUUGGUAGAGCAGGGGUAGGCAACCCCUGGCAUGGGUGCCAGACUAUGGCGCACAAAGGCAUUUUGCUUGGCCAUGCACACCUUGGGACAGGCGGUGGAAAAAGGGGCUGAGGCUAUGCAGCCACAAUAAGGAUUGGGCCCCUCAUGGCUCCUUGCCAUUUGAUCCUGGCACACCAACAUCUUAAAAAUCGAGGUUGCAGGUGUUUCUUGACACUUUUGUCCAACAACGUUGCCGACCCCUGUGCUAGAGAGCUUUCAUGAUAAAAACACACUGGAGUUGUAUUUUUUUUACUUCCUACCAUGUAUUGCCUACGCUUGUUUUGGAGGGCUCUGAUACCGUUAAAAUUUUUCUAUUGUAACGUCUUAAUUAUCUAUGAUAGUGAAUGACUGCUUGAGUGACAAAUUGUUGGAGGAUUCUUGAACUGAAAUGGAAAGUUGUUUUUAAAAGCUGCAUUUAGAAAGAAA